GAGAGAGGAGGAGUUGGAGUGGCCCUGAUCCUGCUCCGUACGUCUCCUUUGAGCCGUGCGGUGGAAGUUUUCCUACAGGCCAUGAAUGCAUCGCGCGCCCUCCCUUUUCAAAGUGCGCAUGCGCAGGACAUGUUGUAAACAAUGAGUCUAUUCCAGACCGUCUUGAGCUUUGUGUCUAAGUUUAUCAGUGGAAAACUAAACGCUCCCUCUCUGCUCUGAGUCUGCGGAGCGAGAUGCUCCUCGGGAGCUGAAGCAUGGAGGCGGUUCUGAGUAGGCUGAGGGGGCUGAGUCCUGCCGAGCUGUCUGAGGAGUUUGUGAGAGCGGACCUGAAGUGCGGCCCCAUCACGCCUACCACCCGGGCUACCUAUGAAAGGAAGUUAGCUCGUGUUCUGGCUGCACAGGCGGGAGCUGGUUCUGAAACGGACAGCAGCUCUUCAUCGCAGGUCACAGAUGGCACGGAGGCAGGAAGCACCUCGGCUGCUUCGCUUGAGACCGCUGGAGCCAGCAGCAGUUCCUCGCUAAAAAACGGUGAAGAUUUAGACUUUGGCUACGGCGUGGGUCUGAACCCUCCAGAGGAAGAGGAGAUCUCAGGAAAGUCCAACUUUAAAAGCUCGGGGGACUCGACGACAGAAACGCCUUCAAAGCCAGCACAAGUCUCUCCUACUUCAUUUUAUGGAGUCUGUCCCCUGUGGGAGGAUGUCUUGGUUCGAAGUGAGGGACCACAUGUUUACACGGAUAAGAAAGACGCACUUCAAGCUGUUAAGACGAUGAAGGGAGCGCGUUUCAAAGCGUUUACCAACCGAGAAGAUGCAGAGAAGUUUUCUAAGGGACUCUUUGACUAUUGUCCAUCUCCAAGCAAAUCCACUCCCUGCAUCUCCCCGAUCAAACCUGGACUGCUCGCUGGGAAAGCAGAAAUCCAGGAGGUGGACACCAUUAACAGGGAGCGGGCCAACAAUUAUAAGAGCCCAAGAAGUCAGGAUCUGACUGCCAAGCUACGGAAAGCUGUGGAGAAAGGGGACGAGCAGGCCUUCAGCGAGCUCGUCUGGAACAACCCGCGCUACCUUAUUGGUUCAGGGGAUAAUCCCACCGUUGUCCAGGAGGGCUGCCGGUACAACGUCAUGCAUGUGGCGGCCAAGGAGAACCAGGCAGGGAUCGCUCAGCUGUUGCUGGACACCUUGGAAAACCCAGAGUUCAUGCGCCUCAUGUACCCAGAUGACCAGGAAGCCAUGCUGCAGAAGCGAAUCCGCUAUAUUGUAGAUCUUUACCUCAACACUCCCGAUAAGGCUAGCUUCGAAACGCCGCUCCACUUUGCCUGUAAGUUCGGAUGUCCAGAUGUGGUCAAUGUCCUGUGCUCGCACCCCGAUACCGAUAAGAACUGCAAGAACAGGGAAGGCCUGAAGCCAUCUGACCUAAUUUGUAGCAGGAAAAAUAAAACCGCAGAUGUGAAACAGAGAAUAAGUGACUACCUGGAAGACCGCUGCUUCGUCCCUUUACUGCGGGCGGCCGACAACACCUCUCAGCCCAUCAUUGGCGCUCCCUGGUCACCAGAUUCGUCACACAGCCUUUCGAUGAUCGAGAGACACACAAGAAGCCCCACGGAUCCGUGGAUGACCGUCACGGCCUUUGCUGGCCCACUUAGCCCUUCUAAAGCAGAUGACUUUCGACGAUCCUGGAAAACGCCACCGAGAGACCGAGCAGAACUUUUUCACCACAUUUUUAAAUCCGACCCAGAUAGAGGGGCUGAGAGGGUGGGCAGAGACCUGGCUCAUGAGAUGGGUCAUCCCUGGGCCGAGUACUGGGGCUUUCUGGACUGUUUUGUGGACCUGUCCUCCCCUGAGGGGCUCCGUAAGCUGGAGGAGCACCUGAGCAAGAGGGAUCUGAGUCACAGAGCUCAUGAAGGAGCCGGACCAAAUGGGACCAGCAAUAGAUUCAAAACACCGUCACCAGGUAAGCCCAAAAAAUUCUGCAACUCAGUUUCAGUCGGCGCCUUCCUAGACGAAGGAGACGACAUCAGCCUGGAGGAGAUGAAGAACCGUCAGAACGCAGCACUGUCCAGUAUCGCCUCCUCUGCCGCGUCCAAAGACGCCCUCAAGGGAGCUGUAGGCGGACGAGAGUUGCACAUCGCUCUGCACCACCGCGGGGCGGACCUGAUCGAGAACGCCGCGGAGCAGGACCUUCUGUGCUGCUGCAGCGACGGCCUCCUGUCACCUGGAGUUGUCUGCAAAAACAAAGUGUGCUCCUCCUUGAGGGAAAGGACUCACAACGGAGACAGGGUUUCCCCGCGCAGCUCGCCGUCCUCCUCCUGCAGCGCGCUGUCGCCCAUCUCCAACCUGAUGGUGGAGUUUGAGCGCAUGUCGCUCCAUGAGCCCACAGACGGUCUGACGGGCUCCCGGGAGAGGAGGAGCAGCGGGAAGAAUCGACAGGACGUCCGGAAAUCGUGCAGCUCCGUCUCGGCCUCAGACCUCAGCUCAGGGCUGAACCGCCUGUCGCUGCGCCAGGAUGGCCGAGAUCCAGAGGAGAGGAGCAGCAGCUCAGACGAAUACGUUACGGCAGAGGAGAGUCCGGAUUCGAUGGGGAGGACUAGAGGGUCACUGCCAGGGGGGCGCAACUUCUGUGCAAGAUCCAAGUCAUGGGACCAUGGAGGCAGGGACCUGAGCAGCUCUGGCUCCUCUGGCUCCUCUUAUAAGUCUCUGGAUAACUCCCAAGAGUUCUUACCCAGGACGCCUCCGCACUAUAGAAGAGGACUUUUCAUAGAGGGGGAUUCCCCCACUAAACUGGACAGCGAGGUCCUGUCUGCGCUGCAGGACGCCGAUAUCGAUCCACAGAAGUAUCCCAGUGUACACAAGUGGAAGUGCACAAUGAAGUCGUACUCUCCUUCGGACAUGCAGAGCUGGCCAAGCCCUGCAGUGAAACCCCGCCUCAGGAUGCAGCCUCAGACCUCCAUGUCCCCCAACAGCGGCUUGAUGUCUCCCACCGGUCGCUUCAGUCCUGUCCGCCCUGCUGCCUCACCAGACUAUAGCCCUAGCCGGUACAGCCCCGCCAACAUUAGCUACAUCCAGCGCCUCCGCUUCAAGCACCUGAGCGAGCCGUUAUUCUAAACUGACCUCUCAUGUGAAUCGCUUCCUCUCCUCCACAAACACAGUUGACCCCGUUCCCCAAAAGCAGAGCUCAGAAACCCCAAACCUGACAGAAAUAUGCACAAAUGUCUGGAAGAUUUCUACUCCUGUUUGAUUCUGUGUAAAACGACAGAUCUCUCCACAUAGGACUGUAAAAAAAACACACACAAAAAAAACAUUUGUUAUUGUACUGUAUGGGUGUGGGUUAUGUUGAAUUCAUGGAAAAGUGUUUGUGACGACUGUGAAACACCUCGACCAUCCCUGGAGUCAACUUUUUUUAUUUGAAAUUCUCGCAAACCCAAGCCACACAUCCCAAAGUUUAGCCGGUCACUAAAACCAUAAAGCUGAAUCCUCUGCAGGAUUCUCUCACUGAAAAGAUGUUGUGGGAUAUACUAAAACAAGUAAAUUGUUAAUAUUUUAAAUAUUUUUUUGUAUGUUGGUCAGUAGCACAAAAAUAAAAGUUUUUAUUAAUGGUGUUUAAAAACUGCCAUUUCCUGUUUUGUUCGUCAGUUCAGGAAUCGCCUUAAUUUUCUGAAGUGAUGGAUCCCCCCCCUCCCCUUCUUCUGUUGGUUUAGACAAACUUUAGCUCAUACAUCAAAUGUAUGAUGGGAUAAAAGGAAAAUAAACUGAGAUCUUCCAUAUUUCUAAUGACCAUCUGUACUCAGAUGACGGCUUUUAUUUGUCAUCUUUUCCUGUAGUUCCUGGAUGUCUUCUUUUCUUUGUCCCAUUAAGGGCCGCCUUAAACAGUGCCAUUUCCUUUGCCUCUUUUCUGAUUCUGUUUGCAAGUCACAAGCAUCUCCUUCCAUGUGUAAAGAAACGUCUAUUAGUCAAGUUUAAUUAGAAUUGCCUUGUUCUUAAACCUGAAAUCAUAUUUAAACCAGAAUGAUGUUCUUUUUGUAAUCACUAGAAGGCAGCAUGACUCCAGAAGUAACCCCAACAUGUCAAAUAAGCAGAAUCUGCCUUAUUAGAUGAGAGGUGCAACAUAUUAGCUGAUUCCCACUAUUUCUAUCUCUAACGAUGCAGAAACAGUUUGGACUUAUUUAUAUAGCAAAAUUCACAACACGUCACCUCCACGACUCCUUGGAAUUUUUAAGAGUUUUAUUUAACCAAUUGGCUUUUUGCACCAGGCAACAUAAAUGUACUUCCGCAUUCCUAGGUGUGAUUUUGUUCACUUCCGGUGC